UGUCAUAGAUUAAAAAUACUUAAAAUUCUAUGCAUCUAUUGCUAUAGAAAACCUUAGUAUUCUCUUCUUAAAAUUCUCCAAGAAAGUCUUGACUGUUACCGGUGGGGUUGGCGCCAGCAUGUUGUCACAACAAAUAAUCUCUUUACUUAAUUUCCACAAAAAAUCAUGCCCUGAUUGCCUGUUAGACUUCAACAGAAGGAAGAAACGGCGGUAGGCAUAGCGGGAGACCGCGUACCAUGUUAAUGCCCGCUAUGGUGAAGUGAUGGCUUACCCAUUACGGUAAGUCUUUGUCGUUAUAUCUCACGGCUUGAGCACUUACCGAGAUGACGUUUGGCUUAUUGAUAUCCGAGUGGUAUAAAUUCGCUGAAUGAAGUGUUUUAUCACCGAAGUGAUAGUUAUCGCUUACAUGAUGGUCAUCUAGCCAAUCGACAGAACACCUUCAUUUUAUCAAGAAUUGCCCUGAAAAUAGAAAAGCAUAAAAAACGAAAUUAGAGAAAAAACGAAGAAGAAUUUCUACACACAAACGCUGUAUCUACUGAAGAUAACCCUCGUAUUCAUUGGUUGAACUGCUGCUAUUAGCAGGAAACUCGAACAUGUCAAGAAACUGGUCGGAACCUUGGAGACAGCGAUAUGAUGAGGAGCUUCUUUGUAGAAGCACAACUAGAGAUGGCAUCGAAGCGACACUCUUUCUAGUGAUCAACUGUUUGUCACUAUUUGGUAACAUCCUGAUAUGCUUUGUUAUCAUCCAUACGAACGGUCUUCGCCGAAACACCACAAAUGUAUUGAUAGUUGGCUUAGCAGUCUCAGAUAUCCUCCAGGCCCUCCUCGGCAUGCCGCUGACUUGCGGUGUCCUUCUAACGGGAAAGUGGAUCUUCGGGGAGUUCCUCUGCAAAGUCCAGGGGUUCUGGCUUUUGUUCCUAGGAUUCGUGUCACUGCACAGCAUGGCGUUGACCGCGCUCAAUCGAUACUUUUGCGUGGUGAGACCGGAGGUGUAUCGACGUGUAUUUACGAGGAAGUCCACGCUGCUUAUGCUGUGCGCUGUGUGGGUGUUUGCGCUAGCGAGUGUUACUCUACCGCAGAUUUCUGAACAGGUUACUUUCCGCUUUCAGGCCAAUCGCGCAGCUUGUUUUAUAACAUUGACAGAGUUUGCUGAAAAUAUUGUGUACACUUCGUAUUCAGUUAUUUGUUAUAUAGCGCUACCGUUGUGCGUCAUAGUGGUGUGUUAUGCAAAAGUUUAUGCGGUUAUACGACACCACAAGAAACGUCUACGUUCUGCUACGGAGGAUUUUACGAACACUCUCCAGGUACCACAGGCUUCCCAACAGCGUAACGCAUCAAACAACACGGCUCGCCAUGUUUCAGUAGAAGAAAUCCAGUCAACAAACACGCUUUUCGCGAUCGUCCUCGGCUUCGGCUCAUGCUGGAUCCCUUCUAUAUUAGUCGAAUUGGUUGACUCUGCUCUCCCCGGGGGAAUGGUCCCACGGGAGUUGUAUGUCACCUAUAUCUUCUUGGCGUUUCUGUCAUGCGCAAUCAACCCAGUUCUGUACAGUGUAAUGAGUCGCCGCUUCCGUCGGGCUACCUUUCAAGCACUGCGCGCAUGCUGUUCUCUGAAAACAGCUACGAACGUGGCACCGAUAACAGCUGAGUCCAUUCCCAGGCAAUCACCAAGACCCUCACGGGGGUCGACAGGGUGAAGAGGCCCUACCCCGAGCCUUAGACUCUACCAGCCGCCAUCUUGUACCCCGAGCCUCAGACUCUACCAGCCGCCAUCUUGUACCCCGAGCCUUAGACUCUACCAGCCGCCAUCUUGUACCCCAAGCAUUAGACUCUACCAGCCGCCAUCUUGUACCCCAAGCAUUAGACUCUACCAGCCGCCAUCUUGUACCCCAAGCAUUAGACUCUAUCAGCCGCCAUCUUGUACCCCAAGCAUUAGACUCUAUCAGCCGCUAUCUUGUACCCCAAGCAUUAGACUCUAUCAGCCGCCAUCUUGUACCCCGAACCUUAGACUCUACCAGCCGCCAUCUUGUACCCCGAGCCUUAGACUCUACCAGCCGCCAUCUUGUACCCCGAGCAUUAGACUCU